AUGGUUUCAAAUCAUGAUAGAGAGCUAAUUCGCAAUGAUAUACACUCUCGAGGGGCCAAGCUCAGUGCUGCUGAGCGGGAAAACAUCUUGAGGCCAUAUCUUCCAGACCCAUCUGACCUUCGACGGCGGCCAUCACAGCGGCAUAAGAAAGCUCACCGAAGGACUCCUGUACGGACGUUUGUCAAAGCACAAAUUCAUCGUGUUGCAUACACAUUUGUUCAUAUUUUCUUUGGAAUCAUCUACCGGCUCAUGCAAAGCUAUCAUGCUGUUGUGGACCGAAUAUGUGCGAUCAUAUAUUACCACCACCGGACUCCUGAAUUGAUUCGGAAAGAUGUGAAAGGUCUAAAGCGCUUGCCCGAGCAUCUCAGUGUUAUUUUGUCACUUCGCAAGGAAGAAGACGCCCUCACUGUCCUCAUGGACGAGAUUGCAGAGCUUGCAGCCUGGAGUGCGAGCGCAGGAAUACCAGUGUUGAGUGUGUAUGAAAAGACAGGGGCUCUGAAAUCCUGUAUCCCUGUUCUCCACCGGGUUAUCAUGAACAAAAUGUGUUUCUACUAUGGCUCACCCACGGAGCAACCCAUGUUGCGUUUAUUUGCACCGCAUCAUCCUGUUUUCGAGCAGCCACAACAAGCCUUUUCUAGGAAUCGCAGCAGUGAUGCUUUCUUGACUGUGCUUCUACUCUCCGCUACUGAUGGCAGGGAGACUUUUGUUGACUUGACUAAAACUUUGGCGGAGAUGUCCCAGGGCGGAAAAUUGGCACCCCAAGAUAUCACCAUGGAAUUGGUCGAUGCAGAGAUCAGUGAGAUUACUACUCAGCCGACUCGACCACUAUCGCCAACCAUGGGGGAACACAACAGGACUUCUGGCCCGCUCAGGCUCGUCGCGAAGCCUGAGCCUGACCUUCUCUUAGUGUUUGGUUCUUUUCUGAGACUGGAUGGGUACCCACCUUGGCACAUCCGAUUGACCGAAAUGUUUUGCACUGGUGGUAGGAGUUGUGGGACAAACACCUCUGAGGAAGCAGUUGAAUACCACGGAUUCUUACGUGGACUUUGGCACUAUGCCGGAGCUCAGAUGAGAUUUGGUCGUUGA